AUGGCCGUCACUGCUGUCAGCGUGACCCCGUUCUCCGAAGAAGGCCAACCGAAGGAGGUAGGUGCCGGCUACACCUUUAUUUAGAGCGCCGCUCAAAGCCAGAGCGACGCAACACGGGCUUCGCCUUUGUCAUUCGGUACGCCAUCGUCGGACGACUGCUCUUUGUGCCGCAGGGCAUCCGGGAUCGAAUGGCUACCCUGUACCUGCCUGUUUGGGGAUCCAAACCUACCACCGUCAUCAGCGCCUACCCACCCCCCCCCCUCUACCCACCAAUUACCAGCUCUGUCGAGGCGAGGAACAAUUUGUACGAGGACCUACACGUCCUCCUGACGUCUGUGCUCAAGUCGGACAAACUGCCUGACUUCGGUGACUUCAGUGCCCACGUUGGGACAGGCGACGCCGCCUGGAAGGAAGUUACGGGUCUCCAUGGUCUCGAUGGCUGUAACGAAAACGGCCUUCUUCUUCAGCGAACAUACGUGCAACAUGGCCUCCUCCGUCAUCCGACAAGAGAGCAAGCGACCUGGAGUCAUUCCCCACAGCGGUGCUGA